AUGACCAUCACUAUUACUAUUACCGUUACCGUCACCAUCACAGUCACCAUUACUGUUACCGUCAAUGUUACCGUUACUAUCACCGCUAUCGUCACCAUUACUGUUACUAUCACCAUUACCUUAACUAUUACUGUCAACAUCACCAUUAUCGUUACCAUUACUAUCAUCGUGAUCAUUACCAACAUCGUUAUUGUUACCGUUAGCACUACUAUUACUGUCUUCGAUACUGUUAUCGCCACUGUUACUGUCCCCAUCAUGGUAACUGUUACUAUCACCAUCACCGUUACAAUUACCAUUAUUGUCACCACCAUCGUUAUCGUAUUCAUAACAGUUAAAGUGACCAUUACCAUGACAGUUACCAUUAUUGUCAUCGUUACUAGUCACCAUUACCGUCACUGUGACCAUUAUUGUGACUGUGAUCAUUACCGUCACAUUACCAUCACCGUCACUGUGACCAUCAUAGUCACCAAUACCGUUACUGCCACCGUUACCGUUACUAUCACCAUUACUAUCACUAUUACCAUCAACAUCAUCAUUACCCUUACCAUCACCGUUACCGUUACUAUUACCGUUGUCGUCCGUAAUACUGUUAUCAUGACCGUUACCAUCAUCGACACCGUUAUCAUUACCAUCACUAUUACAAUCACCAUUACCAUUAUCGUCUUUAUAACCAUCAUCGUUACCGUUUCCGUUAUUGUUUCUAUUAUUGUUACCGUCACUGUUACCGUUAUCGUGAUUGUUACUGUAACCAUUACCAUCAUCGUUACCAUUACCGUCAUCUUUACCUUGACUGUCACCAUUAUCGUAACCGUCAACGUUAUCGUGAUCGUCAUCGUGACCGUCACAAUUAUCACCACCCUCAUCGUCACCGUUACCAUCAUCGUUACCAUCACCGUAUCAGUCAUCGUGACCAUGACCGUUACCGUCAUCAUCACCAUUAGCGUUACCGUUACCAUUACCGUUGCCAUUACCAUUACAAUUACGGUCAUCAUUGCCAUCAUCAUUACCGUUAUUGUCACCAUUACCAUCACCGUCACCAUUAUCGUUACCGUUACUAUUACUGUUAUCGUUACUGUCACUGUGAUUGUCACCGUUACCUUACUAUCACCGUUACCAUUACUAUCACCAUUACCUUAA